AUGCCACUAGUGUUAUUUACGGGGUUCCCAUCAAGCGGUAAGACCAGCAAGGCAAAGGAGCUCGUGGAGCUCCUUUCUGCCAAAAUCGAGCAAGAACCAGAGCUUUCUAAGUACUCGAUUGUUUGCCAUUCCGACGAGAGUUUGGGCAUCCAACAUACCGACUAUGUUACCUCGCAAGACGAGCGCAAGCUUCGCUCUAAAAUCAUGUCUGCAGUCAAGCGCGACCUGUCGCGGCACAAGAUCGUCGUGGUUGACUCGCUGAACUACAUCAAAGGAUUUCGGUACCAGCUGCACUGCGAGGUCAAGAAUUUGAUGACCACGUACUGUUUGGUACAUGUAAUGAGUCCCAGCGCCAAGAUCUUGGAGUGGAACGAAUCUACUGCGGACGGCCGCGUCCCGUGGCCCACGGACCUUCUAAACCAGCUGAUACAGCGCUACGAGGAACCCAACCCGCAAACCAGGUGGGACUCGCCGUUGAUUCCUGUUCUAGCUUCUGAAGACUCGUUGCAGAGCUUCGCAGAACCUAUCUACAAGGCGCUUUUCCCACAGCUGUACCGCAGCGACAACGAUCGCGAGGCAGACAAGCUGCUGAACUCGUUGAAGCCUAAUAACGCAACUAUUCUAAAGCCUGCCACGCAGACAAACGCUCUCCAGGUCUUGGACUCGGAAACAACUGCAGUAGUCAAGAAAGUCAUGAGCGCUUUGCAGUCGAAUGUCGUAGCAGGCGUCUCCCGCAUAAUUGUGUCCGACGUCCAAGAUAUCAACGAUGAGAGGUGUAUGUAUGUCGAGAUGCCACCACAGGGCGUCACGGUGGCACAGUUGCAGAGGAUCAGACGGCAAUUCGUGGCAAUGAAUCGUCUCAGAAGCUUAGAGAAGCACCGCAUCGCGCCCCUCUUCGUAGACUACCUAAACAAAAACCUUCGGGAUAUGUGA